UGUUGGGUAUCAUAGCAACGAGUCUAAACAGAAGUGAGGUGGUAAAGAUGGCGACGCAGAAAGAACAAGACGCUGCUGAUUAUCUGAAGAAACACAAGAUCAUCGAGCUGAUGGACAACCUGACCAGCAUGCUGUUCUUCUACAGACCCGAUAAUCCCAGAGAGUUUCUUGUUGAGCAGCUGAAAAAGCUGAAGAUUUCUCAACAGAGUGGUUUGAAUGGGCCGAAUCUGUUCAACGACUCCAACCUGGAUGCAAUCUAUGGGAUCCUGGACCCUACUAAUCAAAAAUACAUCACUUUUGCCCAAUACAAGGAGGCUCUGACUACACUGGGCAUAAAAGACAUCAAUGAAUGUCCCGAAGGUGUAAAUGAAGACAGAAUAUCCCAUAAAACCUUCAAAACAGAAGCGUCUCAAGGCCUGCAGAGAUGCUCAGCAACAUAUGAACAAGAGUGAACUUAAGUUUGUUGAUUUCCAUUCAGCUAUUAUUUAUUCCAUGACAUAAUGUUGAUAUGCAUUUGGAUGUUGUCAUUGGGACUGGGCCUUACAGUAUGUGGAGCUGUGUUUUGUAAAAUUAGCACAUUUUAUAUAAUUAUUGUUAUUAAACUUCUAUGUUAAUAUGUAAUCUGA